CCACAAAGGAACCGCAGCUAGCGAUGUGCUGAUGACGACGCAUCCUCGAUGCAGCCGCAUACACGCUAUACGCAACACUCACCCCGAUUUCCUUGCUGCAUGAUCGUGCACCCCCCAUCUCCACUGAUCGCGCUUCCUCUUUCCCUUGCAAGCCUCAAUGAGGCCGCCUUCCAGGCUGUGCCGCCAGCCAGAUGGCCUCCAGCUCAUCUCACUCACAGGCCUCUGCACUCAAAAGCAUUGCUUGCCGAGCUCGGUUGUCUCGACGGGUGUAGCAAGUGGGAGGAAUGAAGGUAGCUCUGCCUCGCAUCUCGCCUCGACUUGCGAGAGCAGACAAUCUCAGCGCGUCAUUCGAACGCCACUGACCGGGUUGAGAAU